AUGGCUUUUUCCGAUCAAAUGGACUUUAGGCGUCCGCCUUCAACCAUUGCCAUGGACCGCAAGCCCUCUCUGUUCUUCGACGAUGCUCUGUACGAAGGCCUGGAGUCUUCAACGCCCGUACCGGGCUCUGCAACCACACUAUCGCCCACAUUCUCUCCGGAUAGUUUUGGUUUGGAUGACUACUCCCAGACGGCAAUGGUUGACCGGACACUCUCCACCAACAAUCCGUUCCUGGAGGCUUCCAACAACCCAUAUCGUCACUCCAUGAACAUGCAGCACCAACAGUCGUGGCCCAUGUCAGAUUCCUCCUCCGGCACGAGAACACCAACAGCGUCACACCCGUUUGACAACUUCAAUCCCGGGCCUGUGCAAUUCAUGUCGAAUGCAUCUGACACCUCUUCUUUCCAUGGCAUGUCCGGCAACAACGUUCGUCCUAGCUCGGUGUUUCCGCCCACGCCGAUGGACAGCCUACCAACUCCCAUGUCACCCCACUCCAACAAGGAAUGGAUGGAGAUGAACCAGAUGGAACACCGUGCUGGUCCGAAACGCAUGCGGCCGAAUACUCCUCCCCGUUCAUAUUCACCGUUUCGACGUGGUGACGGCAUUCGAAAGAAGAACGCCCGCUUCGACAUCCCACAGGAUCGCAAUCUUCUCAACAUCGACAAUCUAAUCGCCAGCUGCGAAGAUGCCGACGAGCUCAAGGAACUCAAGCAGCAGAAGCGACUACUCCGGAAUAGACAGGCCGCUCUUGAUUCACGCCAGCGCAAGAAGAAGCACACUGAAGACCUCGAAGAGGAGAAGAAGAUGUGGUCCGAGAGACUGACUCAGAUGGAGGACGAAGUCCAACGUCUGAGCUUAGCAUGCCAGCAAGUGUCGCAAGAGAAAGAGAUGUGGCGCCACCAAUGUAGCGAGGGCCAGCACAUCAUCGAGUCCUUGAACAUGGAGAAGGAAGACAUGAUCCGUACCCACACUCUCGAGACUGGAGAACUGCGCAAGAAGAACUCCAUCCUGACCGAGAAACUCGAGGCUGCCACCAGUGGCGCCAUGUCUGUUGCCCCUAGUACCACCAGCUUUUCUGACUUUCCGGACAUGGACAACCUCAACAUGGGUGCGAGCGAUUGGGACAACUACAUCUUCGUCGACGAAUACGCCGAACAGCAGCCCGGUCAACAUGUUACACAGCCGCAACCCGAAACCUCUCUCGUCGUUUCUCAUCGGUCCAAGGAUCUUGUCUCGGAACAAGAAAAGCCUGUCGCUUCUGGUCUUCUCCUCAUGCUUCUCCUGUGUGGUGCUUUUGUCGCCAGCAAGUCGUCCGGUAAUUCGAGCCCACCAAUGCCACGCAUGCCUGAAGAGGUCCGCGCUGCCUCUGCUACGGUUCUCGACACGAUAUUCAAAGAUGCCGGUGUUGCGAAGUCUCCGUCCACUGAGAAUUUCAUCGCCAACCGUGUUCAGUCUCUUGGUGAAUCUGCUCCUUCUGGUGUCGCCUGGCCACAGCCGAACGACUUCAAAACGUCUCUCGAUCAGCACUUCAACCAGCUUUCGGCGCCUACGAAAGAUCAAGAAGCUGAAGCAGCUUUUGGAAUGACAGCAUCACAAUACAACAGCUUGACCUCGACCGACUUCUCCCGGAGGGUGUUCAGUGUACCAAGUGAUGACUCCUCUGAAGGUCUAUCGCCCAGCUCGCAACCUUCGUAUCGACGGAACCUUGCAGAGUCACUAGCCGCCAUGCGUCAACAAAACAAAGGCGAGGGCGCUGCUGAAGUGUAUACUCGCAGUCUACUCUGGGACAGAAUACCGGCUGAGGUCGUCCGCGACUUCAAGCGCAUGGUCGAGGAAAGCGAGCGUAUAGCCACCACAUCACCGGGCGGUCCAGAUACUGUCAAGUGCGAAUAA